AUGGCUGGAUGCAUUUUUUCAUUUGAAAGCCUUGAGGGACUUUUGGAGCUGAAGCCUUCAUGUUUCGUUUCAUGGCUUUUAGAUCAGCACAGGGAACAUCUCUUCAAACCAGAGAUUGGGGUCAACCCUCAACAAAUUCUCUGUAAAACCUCCAACCAUAUAUAUGAACACAACAGCGGUGAUCGCCAAGGACUAGACGAGCAUCGGCAUCGCGACCACAGCGAUCAACCUAGUGCCGAACCUUCAGGUGGCGAUCUUCAAAGCGACGUCGCACGGCGAGCGAGAAGCACGUACAGGAGAUCAUCAUUGUCGCGAGCCGAGUAUCGGCGCCUGUUUCAAAGGGGGUUUUCGUAUUGA